UAUUGUGGUUUAAGUGUAGAGUCAGGAGAUAUUAAUUCAAAGAAUAAUCAAUUGAAUGCUAAUAACGAUCAAAAAGCUAUAGAUUUAUAUGAAAAAGCAAUUUUGGCGUUGAAUUCAAAUAAAGCCAAUCCGAAGACGGCGUUCACUCUUUUGCAAGAAUCGGCUCAACUUAACCACCAAAAGGCCAAAGAAUUGGUGGCAAAGUCUCACAUAUUUGCGGAUCACUUGCCAUUUAACGCUAAAAAGGCCAUCAAAUACUUGCAAAGUAUACCAACUAAUGAAAGUUCUGGCGCUCAUCUUCUUCUUGGUUUUGUCUAUGCUUUUGGUUUGGGAGUGGAUUCAGACCAAGAAAAAGCUCUUCUUCAUUACACAUUAGCCGCUAAUUUAGACAAUUCUUUGGCCAAAAUGGCGGUUGGAUUCAGAUAUCUGUACGGCAUAGGAGAGGAAAAGAAUUGCCGCAAAGCUCUUGACCUCUACCACAGUGUGGCCACAAAUGUUGUCGACGAGUCUCACACCAGCGGCGGUCAGAUAAUCAGAAGUCAUCAUUUGUGGCAACAAAAGGGCGGUUUAAAGCAAAGUCUGGACACAGAUCUCAUCGAUUAUUAUAGAUUUUUGGCCAAAAAGGGUGACAUAAGCGCUGCCGUGACUUUAGGACAACUAUACUAUUUCGGUGGGUUUGGUGUGGAGAGGGAUGGAUGGGUUGAGAGUCUGUAUCACAUCGGACUCAUGUAUCUGAACGGUUUGGGUGUCGCUCGCGAUUACCGUCAAGCCGUCCGUUUCUUCACAUUCAGCCUCCAAUCCCAGCAUUUGCUCGCGUUUUACAAUUUGGGUCAACUCUACGCCGGCGGACACGGAGUGCCCAAAUCGUGUGCGAAAGCCGUUUAUUAUUUUAAAUCAGUGGCCGAAAGAGGCGUCUGGUCUCAAGAGUUGACUGAUGCCGACAAUUACCACAAGAAUCGCAACGUAUUGCAGGCGUUCCUGAAGUACACCUUUCUGUCGGAAUUGGGUUACGAAAGCGCUCAGAGUAACAGUGCUUUCAUUUUGGACAAUCAGCCCAUCCGUGGCCACAGAAUCAACGAUAACGAGCGACCGAUUCUUGCCUUCAAAUAUUGGACACAAUCGGCAGAACAGGGAAUGUCUUACUCUCGGAUCAAAGUCGGCGAUUGUCACUACUAUGGAUUGGGAACACCAGUCGACUACGAAAUGGCCGCCCAUUACUAUCGGAAGGCAUCGGAAUACCGGUACUCAUCGCAGGCUCUCUUCAAUUUGGGUUAUUUACACGAAAAGGGUUUAGGAGUGAAGAGAGACACAGAUAUGGCGCUCAUCUUCUACGAGAUGUCCGCACAGAUCGAUAGCGACGCCAGAGUUGCCGUAGUUUUGGCCAAACAAAAGGCUAAACUCUUUCGACGGAUUGAAAAGGUUUUCAAUUUGUUUGACUUAAGAAACUAUUUCGGAAACAAAUGGGAUUUGGUUUUGAUCAGCGUUUUGGUCAUUGCAUUGAUUUUUGUGGUUUAUAUCAAAAUGAAUGGCAAUUAUGUGUUCAAUACUUUCGCUCGUAUU